UAAACUAAACAUCUGUUGUUUUUGAACUAACUUUACAAAUAAGUUGACUUAACUUGACGUCGAGAGAAAAUAAAAAUAAUAGGUUUUCCCAACAGUAUCUUUCACAGGAAAUCCCACAUCGUCUCCCCUCGCGAGAUUUCGCUUUUAUAAUUUACGAGCAGAAAUGUUCUCGGACAGUCCGAGCUGUCCUCUGAUUGGUCCUCAGGCUCCCAGCGGACACUUCAAAGACACGAGGAAACUACAACUACUAGAGCAGUGACAGAGAAACACACACUCGCACACACUAUUCAUCGCAGACAGUCGCUGCGAGCACAGCACACACACUCGCUCACACACAUACUCCCUCUCCUCCUCACACACCAACACACACACUCAGCAGAAGACAGCACAACACGGACCAUGGCUGCCACACUGCUCCGGGAGGAGCCUCGGCUGGGCAGCACCCCGCUGGCCAUGCUGGCCGCCACCUGCAGCAGGAUCGGUGAGGCCGGACCCUCCUGCUCCCCUGCUCUCUCCGACGGAGCCAUGGGACUCGCAAAGGGCUUUCACUCGUGGAGAGGCGGCGCCCCGGGCAUGUGCCUCGCGUCGCUCGGGGUUCCCUCUGGGCCCCCCAGGAGCAGCGGGCCCGGACUGACGGAGACCUCCAGCGCUUUUUCGGUGACCACUGCCAACUCUCCUUUUGGAAACGAUUUUUCGAUGUACCAGCCCACUGUGCCGUCAGACAGCAAUAUACCCGAUCCCACUCAUGCGCAGCGGUCUAUGUUUCUCACCAAGUUCCCCCCCUCGGUGGAAGGCAUUACCGGGAUAUAUCCGAGGAUGCACGCACACCCCUAUGAGUCCUGGUUCAAACCGGUGGGAGAGGUCGGUAACGGAUCUUCUGCUUGGUGGGACAUGGGUACCGGCUGGGUUGACGCACAGCCCCCUGCCCGGUUACCCUCACCUCUGAGCGGCUACAGCACUGACUACAGCUUCAACCCCGGUGCUCCUCAGCACCUGCUCCCCACGACACAGCAUCUGUUUGACGGAUUCAGGCCUCCAGUUCAUGGUCCCUACACCGAGUCCACGACCACAGGGGCGUUAACAGGAUCACCUGUCGUCUCUCUGCCCGCGUCCUCCCGCUCCUCCUCACGACGCUACUCCGGCAGAGCCACAUGUGACUGCCCGAACUGUCAGGAGGCGGAGAGCCUGGGUCAGGGGGGCUCGAGCCCGCGUCGGAGGGCCCUGCACAACUGUCACAUCCCCGGCUGUGGCAAAGUCUACGGCAAGACCUCCCACCUGAAGGCCCACCUGCGCUGGCACACCGGGGAGAGGCCGUUCGUCUGCAACUGGCUCUUCUGCGGGAAACGCUUCACGCGCUCCGACGAGCUCCAGCGGCAUUUGCGCACGCACACCGGGGAGAAGAGGUUCGAGUGCUCGGUUUGCCGCAAACGGUUCAUGCGCUCCGACCACCUGAGCAAGCACGCCAGGACGCACGGCGCGGACGGCUCGGAUGACGGCGGCGACGCGGGACUCGGUAAAGUGAACAGCGACACGGACACCAGCCUGUCCGGGAGCCCGAGCCAGUCCCCCGGGCUGCCCGCGCGCGAGACUGUCCCCCCCGGUGAGGGACAGAGGGCGGUGGAAUAAAUCACACAUACACAAACAAGUGGACAUUAGAUUACACUGAACCAGAGGAGCGUGAUUUCCCGAACACUUACAAACUGAAAUGGCACUUUAUCAUGAACUUCAGCUGUGGAUAAACACUGUCUUUACCUCAAAUAUCAUAUUUGUAGCCUUCUUUGCAAAAUAAAUUUUUACCAUACAGUUUUUAAAUGUUGAAGAUUUGUUAAUUCUAAUUUAUUCUACAGUUAUUCUCAUUUACAAUAAAACAAGAAGCCUGUUUUCACUUCUUUGUUUUGUUCUUGACAAACAUGGUCAGACAUUUUUUUAAUUUCAGCUUUAAAGCCAUUGCCCUUAAAGAUUAUUUAAAAUAUAUAUUUCGUUGAUAUACAUUUUUAUAAGUGAGCUUUGCCUGUUAGGACAAUUUUGGCACAUGUAAAAUUUGAUGUUGGGCCUGUUGGUCAGAGGCCUGUGAUUUAACAAAAGCUUUUUUGUAUAUUGUUAUUUUUAAUUAAAGAAUUCUUUUUUCUUAAAGUACGAA